AUGCGCUCCCCACCCACAUAUCUGUGCCUCGUCGCCGCCACUGCUGCACUCGCGCUUGUCAGCAUGGUCAUGUGUGCUUCUGCUGCAGAUGAAGGACUGGGGGACACAGUGGAUCAGGAAGAAUUGAGCCCUCUCUUGCUGACAGGAAGUCCAGAGUUUUACCGCAAGGAGAUCCUUGGAUAUUAUCAUGACCUUGCCCUGGAAUUAGACACUCAGCAACAGCACCACCAGCAACAGCAUCAACAGCAAGAACAACACGCAAUAGCAACAGCAACAGCCGCAGACGACUGCACAGAUGCACCCCAAGUCUUGGUGGACGGGAUCAACGCCGUCGAGACUCAACUCGCCACCAUCUUAGGGUCGCUCCCCUUUGGUUCCGUCGUCCAAUAUAUCAUCACCGCAGCUUUCAAGGUCCUCCUGACGGCCUUGGACGGACCGGGCAAGUUGAUCGGGACGUCGUUGACGGGGGUGGCGAUCAACCUGUCGUUUGGGACGCUCAAGGGUGCGCUCUCGUUGUUGGCCUUGAUCAAGUUCUUGAAGCCGAUUUUGACGCCCGUUAUUGAUAUCCUUUCGACGGUUCAGACAACGAUUUUGAGUACCAUUGGUUGUUUUGCGGGCAAGGGGUAUCAUCUCAAUCGGCUUGAGCAACCGGAGGAGGCGAUGGUAGAAACAACAACAGCAGCAACAGCGGUUGGCUAUGAGGCACAGAAGCAGGUGAAGCAGCGGGAAGAGCAGGAACAACAACAAGGUGCUAUCGACUCACCUCUGUCCGUAGGUCAUUGUGCAUGGAUCGCCAAAAACUAUCAACAGGUGGUAACGGACGCGAUUGCUCACAACCCAGUGACAACAGGACGCCUGCCAGAAGGAUCGUCAGAGGAUCUGAGGCGACUGGCGCAGGGGUCUCUGGAUACCUUGAGGUGGAUGCAAAAGUAUUCCCUCGCAUCGAAUCUGAGCCCCUUGUCCGACAACAUCAACGACGACAGUAGCGAUGGUGUCAACUUAGCGACAGGGUUCGCAUUGACAGGACGACCGUUCUUUGCUGGCAAGAUCCUUGACCAGUUUAUGGUCGCGCUGUUGGAGACUGUGAACAUAGAGCCUGGGAAUGACGAUGACUAUGAGCAUGACGAGACGGUGCUCUAUGCUCUCACGUCCCUUGGGCUCACGGUGAACUUGUCCAAUGCCCUGGAAGCUUGCCUCUCUGCAGCGACACCUUGA